AUGGUCAGAACAGAGAAAUCGAAUAAAAAGGCGAAAACUCAAAAAGUGAAACUCGUUCAAAAUGUACCUGUCAAUGAGCAUCUCAAUCGGACCUACAUUCUCAUUUGCAACGACGGACAACAGUUUGAAGCCGACGGUCACACUAUAAGACAUUCAAAAGUUCUCGGAUUGGCUGCCAAGAAUCUCGAACCUCCAGAGAACACGAUUCAAGUGGAAAAAGUGAAAGGAGACACAAUGAAAUUGGUAUUGGAAUGGUGUGUGAAUCAUAAAGACGAUGGUCCUUACGUUUCUAAGGUCGGCCCUGGACUUAGACUUCCACACUGGGAUUUUCGAUGGCUUAAGGAAAUGAACAAUCAGGAUUUGUUUGAUUUGAUCACUGCCACCAAUGAUCUUCAAAUCAAGCAGUUAAUGGAUUAUUCGUGCAAAACAGUGGCUAAUAUGGCAAAAGGAAAGAAUCCGGAACAGUUGAGACAGAUAUUUGGGAUCCUAACAGAUGAGGAGGAAGCAGAAUUGGCACUCAAUGAGCCUGGACCAUCAAAUGCUUGA